CCCCACCUUGAAAAAGUCGCACUACACCACGUUCCUCCGGACUCCCUUGUACCAAUUAAAGCCUAUAACCAACUGCAACCGGAUUCCAUAACAUAAACCAGAGAAGAAGGAAAAAAGACUUUCGAAGAAGAGAUGGAGGGUUUGCAGAGGUCUACGACGUCCUUCAGGAGGCAAGGGUCGUCGGGUUUGGUAUGGGACAACAAGGUUGUAUCGGGGGAUUCGAACCAAACGAGGGGUAACACCCCGGAAAAUAAAGAGAGCAGCCGAGGGAGACGAAGCCGAUCAGACGAAGGCAGCGGCGGACAUACCUACCGCACGACCCAGGCGGCCACUCCCAGCGUGGAUCCUCCUUCUCCGAAGGUAUCCGGAUGCGGUUUUUGCGGGGUUUUCGGCAAACCAGAUUCCGUCAAGAAAAGAAGAUCAAACAAGCGUAAGGCCUGAUGAUCAUUACGUAAUUUUGUAUAUGUUUUUGAAUGUGAUACACAGCUUUCCACAUUCCAUUUCAAAUUAUGUGUGGUGUUCGCAUGUAGAAUUUCAACAGUUUAUG